AAAACCUGCAGUAACAAGAACGGACUGAGGGAGGCGGUAAAUCCUCCUUAUGCGUCGAGCCUAACGAACAGAAGAAGAAUUAUUUCAAUCAUGGCGCCCCCCAGGAAACGCAACGUGAAGCUUGGAAAUCCCGCAGAACCACGCAUAAAAGCAGCGAAACUAGACUUAAACAGCAUAGUCGAGGGCAUACUUAGUAGCAGGAAAAACGCCAAUGACGUUUUUGACAUAUUUGAUCUUCUCCAGUCAGAAAAUGAGAAAGAUGUUGUUAGUGCUGUCGAUGCGUGCGGCAAUUUGUUUAGUGCACUGCUGGAGAGAAAAAAGCUCCACAAGGGCAAACUACCAGAAGAGGAGGAGGCGCUGAGCGGUACAUACAAUGCAGAAGACAAAUAUAAGAUAUUUAUGAGACACCGUUACAACGACUGCAUGGAGAUGCUGCUUGAACACCUUUGCCACGAACUUCACGAUGUCCAGGUGGCCUCCCUGUGCUGCUUAAUGAAGUUUGCAGCGGCACAAGGACAGCAUCCUCUGGAGGACUUGGACUGGAGUGAGCAUUUUACUUUCCCCAGGGAACUCCUGCAGGCGGUGGUGGACAGACUCCUCUCCCGAACCACGGACAAGUCUCUGUUGAUCUCCAGGUUCCAGGAGUUCCUGGAGAAGGAGGACGUACGCUAUUACGUCAUGAGCUCCAUCCGGGAGAACAUGGGCAAAAGCAAAGGGGAAGUGAUUCCUGUGUACCAGAACAACGUGUGCACGCUCAUGUGCAACAUCACCAUGCCAAAGGAGGAGGCGGAGCUCUCCAACUUUAUGGUCAAACAGGAAGCUAAGCACGAAGACUGGAAGGCUGCUAAGCUACUUGAACACAAGAGAACCUUUGAGAGGAUGUGGCUUGGUUUCCUCAAGUUUAAGUUGCCGACCAGUAUGUACAAAAAGAUCCUGGUCAUCCUCCAUGACUCCAUUUUGCCACACAUGAGCAAACCUACACUCAUGAUUGACUUCCUGACCGCGGCGUAUGAUGUUGGUGGAGCCAUCAGCCUGUUGGCCCUGAAUGGACUUUUUGUCCUAAUACAUCAACACAACUUAGAUUAUCCGGACUUCUAUAAGAAACUUUAUAAUCUGCUGGACCCAUCCAUCUUCCACGUGAAGUACAGAGCUCGCUUUUUCCACUUGGCCAAUCUCUUCCUGAGUUCCAGUCACCUGCCGCUGUACCUCGUGGCCGCCUUUGCCAAACGUCUGGCCCGCCUGGCCCUCACAGCACCGCCCACGGCGCUCCUCAUCGUGCUGCCCUUGAUCUACAACCUCAUCCGCCGCCACCCGUCCUGCCGGGUCCUCAUUCACGAGCCGAGCGCAGACGACGAGCCUUUGAAAGACCCUUACCUCAUGGAUGAGGAAGACCCUGCUCAGUGCUGCGCCUCCAAGAGCAGCCUGUGGGAAAUAAAGACGCUGCAGAGACAUUACCACCCGGAUGUGGCCAAAAAAGCCAUGUUGAUCAACAAGCCGCUGUCCCAGCAGGAGGAUGACAUCAGCGAGCUGUUGGAGACCACGACAUAUGAGCUGAUGGAGAAGGACUUGAAGCCGUCGUCCGCCAAGCGCGUGCCGCUGGAGUUUGAGACGGCCACACAGCUGCUGCCGAAGGGGGGCAGGGAUGUGAUGGGGCACCACUUCUGUCUGGAGUGACAACGUGGCGCGUCAGUCCAAUCACGUUGUUUGUAGAAUUUCUGAUACGAGUAAAAGUGUUCUUUUGUACCCAAAUGUGAUGUUUCUAUCUGACCUACUCAAUUAAAGACAUUUGA